UGUCAGGUAGACAAGGCAAGGCAGACAGCAGACAGUUUACUUCCCCGUGAAAUGGCGUACGACAAUAGAAUCGUAUUUUAGUGUUUUCGAGACGGAUUUGUCGUGCGAACGGCUUCUGCGCGAUGAUAUGACAUCAGUGUGCACGUACUCAGAUGAAUUACAAUGCUGUUAUCAUGUGGAUGUGUCGGGUGUGAGGAAGAGAAAGUGUCGCGUGAAACGUUUGAGCCUUCAAUGAUGUGGAUGAGGUCGUUUGCGCAAGCGACGGCGAAGCGCGGGCGGGCGCUCCCGGCGCAGGCGCGCCUGCUGCGAGCUCUUCCGCCGCCGCUGUUACUGCUGGCGCUUCUGCUCCUUGUGGGAGGAGCAGGAUGCGCCGACCUGGUGAUCGAGAUCCCGGGUUCCGGCGUCGGCGCAGCCGACCCGGGCGGGGAAUACCGGCUGGACUACCGGCCGCCACAUGGCUCACCGGCGCCCAACUUCACCGUCCCGGCCCGGGCCUCCACCAUCAACUUCCAGGGACUCCCGGGCACGAAGUACCACUUCAUGCUGUAUUACUCUAAUGCCACGUUUGCAGACCUACUCACUUGGAAUCAGACUAUUAUAACUGCGCCGGAGCCGCCAACGAACCUGACGGUGUCGCUGUCGCGCAACAAACAGGCCACCAUCGCCUGGGCGCCGCCGUCGCACGGAGAAUACACCGGCUUUCGCUUCAAGGUGAUCCCGCUGACGGAGCGGGCGGAGGGCGGAGCGCGCAACAUCACCGUGGAGGCGCCAGAGACGCCGGGCGCCGGCUGGACGCACACGCUCAAGGAGCUGUCCCCCGGCGCCACCUACCAGCUGCACGCCUUCACGCUGCUGCACGACAAGGAGAGCGCAGCGUACGCCAGCCGCAACUUCACCACCAAGCCCAACACACCGGGCAAGUUCAUCGUGUGGUUCCGUAAUGAGACCACGCUGCUUGUGCUGUGGCAGCCGCCCUACCCGCCCGGCGCCUACACGCAUUAUAAGGUGUCAAUCGUACCCCCCGACGCGCGGGAAUCCGAACUAUACGUAGAAAAAGAAGGCGAACCACCAGGUCCAGCACAGGCCGCCUUCAAAGGGCUCGUGCCAGGCAGGCCGUACAACAUCUCCGUGCAAACCGUGUCGGCCGAGAUCAGCGCGCCGACUACCGCGCAGUACCGCACCGUGCCGCUCCGACCUCGCGACGUGCAGAUACCGCCGCGAUACGUCACGCCCACCAAGUUCAGGGUCACUUGGCUACCGCCUAAGGAGGAGAGCGAGUUCGAGAAAUACCAAGUAUCAGUAUCGGGCGGCGGCGCAUCGCGUCGCUUAGCGCCCGUGCUACGCGCCCGCAACGAGACGCCGGCCGUCACCUUCGAUGGCUUGGAGCCCGGCGCACACUACACCGUCACCGUCAAGACCAUGUCCGGCAAGGUCACCUCGUGGCCCGCGCCCGCGGAGAUCACGCUCAAACCUCUGCCGGUUCAAGACCUGCAGUGGCGCUACCAAAACGAGACUGAGGGCGGUGGAAUACUCGUGUGGUGGACGCCCGCAGAAGGCAGCACGCAGGACGAAUAUAAGGUGUCGUACCACGAGGCUCACGGUUCCGGCGACAGCAGUACGCAGUCGACACCGGCCACCAACAUCACGCUGGACACGGCGCAGCUGCUGCCGGGCCGCAACUACACCGUCGCCGUCACCGCCGUGUCGCGCGGCGUCGACAGCGCCGAGGCCACCUUCAGCGCUGCCACACGACCGCUAGCGCCCGUGGUGCGUACUUGGGGCGGCGCGGCGCGGCAGCUGUCCCUCGCUUGGAGCUCCGAUGUCAAUUCGAGGCAGGAUCACUACGAGCUGCGGCACCGUCGCCGGCCUGAGCCCGGUGCUGACCCGAACGACCCGGAGUACACCUUUAAGACGAUAACGACGACGGACACAAAUGCAACGCUGUCCGGACUGUUCCCGGGUGCCGUAUACGAAGUGACUGUGGCAGCCGUGAGCCACGGUCUGCGCAGCGAGCGGCAUACUGUGUUCAAGCCAGUCCGUCCUUUACCGCCAACGUGGAUGGGCGUGGAGCGAGCGACGUCCAACUCAGUAGUAGUCCGGUGGCGCGGGCCCGGACCGGGCUCCAAGCUCGGAGCGUUCCUGCUGCAGUACCGCACACACUCCGAGCAGAAGUGGACCAAGCUGCCGCCGCUGCAGCCCGACAUCAACGAGGCCGAGGUUGUGGACAUGACGCACGGCGAACGCUACACCAUCCAACUUGACACCCUGAGCGAAGCGGUGGCAGGCGACAGUGUUGACAGUGGCGAGCCGCGGGAGGCAGACCACACCGUCCGUCCCAACCCGGUGUCAAACGUGGCGGCGUUAGUGGACACACGCAACAUGACACUUGAAUGGCCGGUGCCCGCGGGCCGCGUGGAGCGGUACGCGCUCCGCUGGUGGCCGCGCCCCGACGAGGUCCCCGACGCAACGCCAGCCGCGCGCAACUUGACGGCCGAGGCGGGCGUGAAGACGGUCAGGGCGCUACUGGACGCGCUGGAGCCGGGCGUGGGCUACACGCUCACCGUGCACGCCGUGUCCUACAACCUGACCAGCGACCUCUUCACUAUGGAAACGAGGACCCGUCCUUUGAUCCAGUCUGAGAUGACAAUCGUGAACGAGCCCGAGGCUGAAGUCAACAACGACACGCUGCCUGCUAUUAGAGUGCUGUACACACUGACGCCAGCGACGGCGUCCCGCUUCGACUCAUAUCGCUUCCGUCUGGAGGGCGGUCCCGGCGAGGCGCAGGAGCAGACGCGCUCCGCCACCGCGCCCGCCGCGCGGGUCGAGUUCGCGCGCCUCGUGCCCGGCCGCCUGUACAACGUCACCAUGUGGACCGUGUCCGGCAACGUGACCUCACACCCCGUGCAGCGCCCGACACGUCUCUACCCGCGUCCAGUGGCCUUCCUGAAGCAGCUCGAAGUGGGCGCCCGCAACGUAACCCUAACCUGGCCUGAGCCCCCCGGAGACUACACGGACUUCGAACUGCAGUACCUCACCGCCGAGGACACGCUCGAGGCGCGCUCGACAGCCGCCACCGUGUACACCGUGCAGGGCCUGCAGCCGCACACCAACUACGUGUUCACCAUCGAGGUGCGGUCGGGCACGCCGGCGACGCUGGUGACGCGCUCGGCCGGGCUGUCCGUGCAGCUCGCCACGCGCCAGGCGCCGCCGCCCGCGCCGCGCGCCUUCCACCCCACCGACGCCAAGCCCAGCCAGCUCACCUUCUCCUGGGAGCUGCCGGCCAACCAGGCCAAUGGCGUGUUGGAGAAGUUCGUCAUCGAGUACUCCCCGCAGAAUCAGCCGGAGAAAAAUACUACCAACCAGCCGGAGAAAAAUACUACCAUUACAUUCCCACCCGAAGCGCGGUCCGGCGUGGUGGCGGGGCUGACGCCGGGCGGCACGUACAGCUUCCGGCUGUGGGCGGCCACGGGCGCGGGCGCGGGCGCGGCGGCGCGCUGGACGCAGCACCUCGCCAUCGCCGCGCCGCCGCGCCCUGCGCCGCACGCGCUGCUCCCCGCCGCCGUGCGCGCCACGCCCACCACUGUCUCCGUGCGCUUCAAGAACGACUUCUUCAGUUCGGCCAACGGCAAUGAUACUAUGCUCUUGGUGGCGCAAGACCGGUCUAUCUCAGUCGAGCGUCUGCCUUCGUGGCGCGACGUGCACAGCCUGCCAGUCUGGCCACCCUACCAGGUGACGGAGCCCUACUUCCCGUUCCACCACAGCUCAGUAGAAGAGUACACGAUCGGCACAGAACGCUGCGAAUCCAGCGGGCGCGCGUAUUGCAACGGCCCGCUCCGGCCCGGCGCCGCUUACUACGUCAAACUGCGCGCGUACACCGCGCCUGACAAGUUCACCGACACCGCUUAUGCGGUCGUGUACACUGAGGUGGACAACACGGCGUGGAUAAUCGGGCUGUGCGCGGGCGCGGCGUGCCUGGCGGCGGCGGGCGCGGCGUGGGCGGCGCUGCGCCGGCGCCGGCCGCGCGCCGCGCCCGCCGCCGCCGCGCCCGCGCCGCGCACCUCUCGCCCCGUGCCCGUGGCUGACUUCGUGGACCAUUACAGGCUCAUGUCUGCGGAUUCCGACUUUAGGUUUAGCGAAGAAUUCGAAGAGCUAAAACACGUCGGUCGCGAGCAGCCGUGCACGGCGGCCGAUCUGCCCGUCAACCGGCCCAAGAACCGUUUCACCAACAUCCUGCCGUACGACCACUCGCGCUACAAACUCCAACCUGUUGACGACGAGGAAGGGUCAGACUAUAUCAACGCUAACUACGUGCCGGGUCAUUCGAGCCCGCGCGAGUUCAUAGUGACGCAGGGUCCGCUGCACUGCACGCGCGAUGACUUCUGGCGCAUGGUGUGGGAGUCCGGCUCGCGUGCCAUCGUCAUGCUGACAAGAUGUGUGGAGAAGGGCCGCGAGAAAUGCGACCGCUACUGGCCGUACGAUACCCGACCAGUAUACUACGGCGACAUAGCCGUCACUGCGCUCAACGAGUCGCGAUUCCCUGACUGGACGAUCACGGAGCUCCUAGCUUCUCGCGGCGCAGAACAACGAGUCGUCAAACACUUCCACUUUACAACGUGGCCCGACUUCGGCGUGCCAGAUCCGCCUACUACCCUGGCUAGGUUUGUGCGCUCGUUCCGCGAGCGAUGCCCGCCGGACGCGCGGCCCGUAGUGGUCCACUGUUCCGCCGGCGUCGGCCGCUCCGGGACAUUCAUCACGCUGGACCGCGCGCUGCAACAACUCGCCGCACGAGCAGACACGCUCGACAUAUUCGGCAUGGUGUACGCCAUGCGCCGCGAGCGCGUGUGGAUGGUGCAGACGGAGCAGCAGUACAUCUGCAUCCACCAGUGUGUGGUAGCAGCGCUAGAGGGCGCGGACCUGCAGCCGCCGCUCGGCCUCAACCAUCACAUGCAUCACAACCAGGCCUUCGAAGACGACGAGGGCAUUGCAGAGUCGGGGAUGUGAGACUUCGCACCUAACUUAUAUACAUUCUCUCGUUUUAAGUCACGUCUAGCGUUAAGUUUUGUAUUCAUAUAUUUUUAUAUACGUCGUUAACGGAAUGAAAUGGACCAAUUUUUUAUGAUUAAAUUUGUAUAUAAGUAGAUAGGAGUGUACAGUCAGCAACGGAAGUAACUAAGCGAGUUGAGCGUUCAAAAUAUUAUGAUUUUUUUUCCUUUUCUCUCGUCUCGUAUUCUUUGAAAAUUAUGUGUAUAAACAAUUUUGAACACCAGGCUCACUUGGCUACUAUUAUAAGAGUUUUUUUACAUAGCUUGGGUCCGUUGACAGCUAAUAAACGCAAAAUACAAUUUUGCAUUUAAAAGUUAACUAUUGUAUGGAGAUGACUGCAGUCAACUUAGCCAAGCUAUGUAAAAAAUCGCAUUGUCUCAUGUACCUUGAUAAAAUCACGUUGAAUCUAGUUUAUUUUUAAAUAUUGACUUUUAGAUGUUAUUUAUUUUUUAUUAAAAUGACAACGGCAUCUCAAAUGUGUACUUAAAUAUAAUUUAGUCUGCUCAGCGAUGUUUCUGAAAGGAAUUUUUGUAGUUUUUUAUUUAAGUUCAGUUGCACAUACGUUAAUUAAAUUUCAUGCUGCAUGAAGUUCAAAAAAUGUAUGUGCAACAAUCGGUCCGCUAGAAAAGACACUUAACGCGAAUAAAUUCGUAAAUUGAUUCGCCUGUUCCUAUCUCUAUUUCACAGGUCGCUGUGCGAAAGGGACAGUAAUAUCUUUUCACGCGCGUGUGAGAGAGAUAGGAACAGGUGGGCCAAUAUACGAAAUUCAUUAUGGUAAGCGUCUCUUCUUUCAGGCUCAGGCGGUUGGUAAAAAAGUUUCGUGAUAAUUUCCUAGAAGGCAGCAUUUUUUUUUACAUUUAAGGUAGUAUUUUUACACUUUUAAAUUUAUUAUAAACUUAGAAGGUAAUAGCUAAGAUUCGGAAUCAUAGAGAGAAGUAGCCUUAACACUCAUGUUUACAUAGAUAGGUAC